AUGGGUGACCUGAGCAUGGUACCAUCUCGCCUCACUGCUCUUUCGGGCGCCACUGGGAUCUGCCUCUUUGGCUUGCAUGGGGGUCAGGCGCGGGCGCAGGAGCAGGUGCGGCGCGGGAGCAGGUGCGGCGCGGGCGCGGGCGCGGGAACAGUGAGUGUGGUCCCUGCCACAGCAUUCGCCAACGCUCCGCAGGCUAUUACCCAGGCGGUGGUUCAGAGUGUGUUCAGCAAUGGUGGCAGCCCCGCGGCGGAGGCGGUGGCAGGGGACACGCGCUUCACUUAUUACCCAGAAGCCCCUGUGAGCGGCGGCACACAGGCCGCCUCCCUGCCAACCACGGCAGACAACACACUACAGCAGACGGGGGGUCAGUUUUAUGUGAUGAUGACCCCCCCAGAUAUUCACCAGUCUGGCACUCCUCGCACCAUUGCCCCACGCACACAUCCUUACACUACGAAAGUGGAGGGGACACGCACACCUAGAGAUGAGAAGAGGAGAGCCCAACAUAAUGAAGUUGAGAGGCGACGGAGGGACAAGAUCAACAAUUGGAUCGUUACGCUCUCCAAAAUCAUCCCCGACUGCAGCCUGGACAGCAGCAAGUCUGGAGCGAGUAAAGGCGGGAUCCUCUCCAAAGCAUGUGACUACAUCUGCGAUCUGAGAUCGGCCAAUCAGAGGCUGCAGGAGGGCUUCAAGGAAGUUGAACGCAUACAACUUGACAACGAGUUGCUACGACAGCAGAUAGAGGAGUUGAAGAGUGAGAAUUGUCUCCUGCGUGCGCAGCUGCAGCAACACGGCAUCGAGGCGGCUUCUGAAGCGGCGCCCCAGUGACAGCCACCGUGACCGUAGCCCGAGGGGUCAAAGGGCACUCCACAUGCGUGCACGAGGAACCAUGAGGGGGGCGACUGGGGUGGGAUGGGGAUUGAGGUCGAGAGUCGAAGAAUCGCUCAGGUCAAGGCAAAGACGGUGAACAGAAAAGACACACCCACCCACACACUAAGGUGUUGGUGGAGUCGGCACUGGAACAAGGACAGCGAAAGAUUGUGGGGUCAAGGUGAUGACUGAACAGAAAGACAACACUUGGGAGCACACACACAUGGAGACACACACACACACACACACACACACACACACACACAAACACACACCAAGGACCAGGAACAGCAUGGGGGACAGAGUGAAGAGAUGGCAGCGGGGAAGAUGAAAGGGACUACAGUACGUACGUACGUAGUACCUUUAAAAGACAAAGAACUGAAGACCCCCCACUGUGCCUCAAUCCAUCUCGCCGCUUCACUUCACCUCUCCCUCAUCCCUCAUGCAGGGGUGGCUUCAGCACCCCCCUGGUCCCCCCGUCCACCCUUCCCCUGUCCUCCACUGCCCUUUAUUCUCUAUUUGCACUGCACCACAGGCUGCUGUAGCACCUAAAAAUAACAGACGUGCGAACGUUGGGGAGCCCCGUUGAAAUGAAUGGAGCAUUCGACCGAUGACGUCACAACCAUAUAAUAAGUUUUGUUAAUGACCUCUCCUUUAUUUGCCUAGUUUUUCUCUCCUCUUUUAAAAGCUUGGCCAUUUCUACGUACGGGUGACAUCUUGGAUCUUGACUCAUCACUGUGACACUCUUGUGGUAUAUUUUUGAUUUUUAAUACAAUACAAUCAAUCCACACCCAUAAACGUAUGUAUACUCAUUCCAAUGUUUUGCACAGUAACACCUGAUGGCUCAGAUUCUUUGUUUUUUUUUCCCACAUCAGACUUGAUCUUAGUGUAGUCAAUCCAACCAUUUCACCAAACAAUAGGCCUACGUAUAGUCUCUUGUUGCGCAUGAUCUCUUUUUAUACAAUUCCAGACAUUUGUUUAGCCUACUACGCUUGUUGACUGAAUCAUUCAAGCUGAGCAACAUCAGCGAGCAUCACAUAAAGCAUUAAGCUUGCUCCCCAAGAGGUCCAUUCCUUAGUAGUUGGUGGUUUAGAGGCUUAUCCUAGAUAAGUCUAGCCAGCUGAAGUAGUAAAGUUUCUUUUUGGAAAACAGCUGCCUGGCUUCUUUCUACCAGCCAAAUAAAACCAGACAGAGGGAGAGAGAGAAGGAGCGAGAGAGAGAGAGAGAGGUAGAAGGAGAGGGAGAGAGAGAGGUAGAGGGAGCGGAAGACGGAGAGAGAGCGGGCUCUUUUUAGUAGGAAAAGCGCCCGUGCAUAGCAAAGACACAAGUGCUUAGACAUCAAACACACUAUGUCGAUCAGAGCAGUCGAAAUUGAGGGCUGUGUCAGUCUGUCUGAGGAGAUAGAUAGAUGGAGAGAAGAGACGAGAGAAAGAGAGAGAUUGCUUUUCUUAUCACAUUUCAACCUUCAGGGGACACUGGUCAUGUCUCAGUGAACAAAGACAGAAAAAGAUACAGUGCAGCCUGUGUACACUGUGAUCAGACUGCUGCUCGCGUGGAAAGAUUGAAGGCGUUUGGUUUUCUGGUGUGUGUGUGUGUGAUUUUUUUAUUUUUAUUUUGCCUCAAGGUUGCAGUGUAAAGGGCCGCUAGAAGGUUGCUGGGUUUUUUGUUUGUAAAAGCCUUGCCUUUGUGAAUAAUGAGGGCCAAAAGAAAGAAAGACAGAAAGAAAGAAAGAAAGAA